GCCGCGCCUCGCUCAGUCGGCCAGGGGCCGUUGGCGGGGGCUGAGCUGCUGUCCCCGGCGGUCACUGCGGCGCCGCCGCCUCUCGCCCCGCCCGCCUCCGGAGCUCCGCCAUGGAGUAAGCCCCCCUCCCGCGGCCGGACGGGGCCCCCCGCCGCUCCUCGAUGGCUCUGGUAACGGUGCAGCGCUCGCCUACCCCCAGCGCCACCUCCAGCCCCUGCGCCUCGGAGGCGGACAGCGGGGAGGAAGAGUGCCGGUCCCAGCCCAGAAGCAUCAGUGAAAGCUUCCUUGCUGUGAAAGGUGCAGCUCUCUUCCUGCCCCGAGGAAAUGGGUCGUCUAGCCCCAGAAUCAACAACAGACGCAACAAGCAUGCAGGGGAUCUCCAGCAGCACUUGCAAGCCAUGUUCAUCCUGCUCCGCCCAGAAGACAACAUUCGACUGGCAGUAAGACUGGAAAGUACGUACCAGAACCGCACUAGAUACAUGGUGGUAGUGUCAACCAAUGGCAGACAAGACACUGAGGAAAGCAUUGUUCUCGGAAUGGAUUUCUCUUCCAACGACAGCAGCACUUGCACAAUGGGCUUGGUCCUGCCUCUGUGGAGCGACACCCUUAUUCACUUGGAUGGGGAUGGUGGCUUCAGCGUAUCAACAGACAACAGGGUGCAUGUGUUCAAGCCGGUGUCUGUUCAAGCAAUGUGGUCUGCCCUGCAGAGUUUACACAAGGCCUGUGAGGUGGCCCGAAGUCACAACUACUACCCAGGGAGCCUCUUCCUCACCUGGCUCAGUUAUUAUGAGAGCCACAUCAACUCUGACCAGUCUUCAGUCAAUGAAUGGAACACCAUGCAGGAUGUGCAGUCGCACCGGCCCGACUCCCCCGCCCUCUUCACGGACGUCCCCACGGAGCGUGAGCGUACAGAGCGGUUAAUUAAAACCAAAUUAAGGGAGAUCAUGAUGCAGAAAGACUUGGAGAACAUCACGUCCAAAGAGAUCCGUACAGAGCUGGAGAUGCAGAUGGUGUGCAACCUGCGGGAGUUCAAGGAGUUCAUCGACAAUGAAAUGAUUGUGAUCCUUGGGCAGAUGGACAGUCCCACGCAGAUAUUUGACCAUGUCUUUCUGGGUUCUGAGUGGAAUGCCUCCAAUUUGGAAGAUUUACAGAACAGAGGGGUGCGGUACAUUCUGAAUGUCACUCGAGAAAUAGAUAACUUCUUCCCAGGCGUCUUCGAGUACCAUAACAUCCGGGUGUACGAUGAGGAGGCUACAGAUCUGCUGGCGUAUUGGAACGACACUUACAAAUUCAUCUCCAAAGCCAAGAAGAACGGGUCGAAAUGCCUGGUGCACUGUAAGAUGGGAGUCAGCCGGUCGGCCUCCACAGUGAUUGCGUAUGCCAUGAAGGAGUACGGCUGGAACCUGGACCGAGCGUAUGACCAUGUGAAGGAGCGUCGCACAGUCGCCAAGCCCAACCCAAGCUUCAUGAGGCAGCUGGAGGAAUACCAAGGGAUUCUGCUGGCGAGCCAUCCGUGUGUUUCAAGAGCCCCUGAGUGUUUGUCUGACCUGACCACGUGGCCAACCCAGCAGAUUUGCAGCAAACAGCGGCAUAACAAGCUGUGGCGGUCGCACUCGGACAGCGACCUCUCAGAGCACCACCAGCCGAUCUGCAAGUCCAGGAUGGAGCUGAACAAAAAGGAGAUCACCACUUCUGCAGAGCAGCUCUCUGAGCCCACGGCAAAUGACAACCACCAGCCUGCAUCUCCCGUCUUCUCCGUGGGGCCGCGCAUGGACUGUCUGCUCCAGCAGGACACGGACAUGAUCGAGGAGCUGUGUGCCAAAGAGAGGAGGAUCCAUUUGGAGUUCACAGCCAGAGGCUUCCGCACUGAACAAAUAGAGGACGAAUUGAACCUGAACAACAUCAACGGGUGUCCGGCAGGGUGCUGCUUGGAUGAGUCAGAAUUUCCCCUGGAUAAUUGCCAUUCUUCUGAGGCCUUGAUGCAACUUGCAGAGCCUUUGGAGAUGGCCACAGCAUUCCCUGAUCUGACCGUGGAUGAUCUAGAGACAGAUGCCCUUAAAACUGACCUGAACGUGCAUUUGGUACCCAUGGAGGAAUUCACGGCUUGUUUAAAAGACCUUCCCAGGUCGCCUGAUCAGAAUUCUCCAAGCCCACAGCUCAGUUCCCAGCCUGAAACCAUGGACAGGAUUGAUUUCCUCAGUGCCCUAGAGAAGUUUGAGGAGCUGUCCCAAGAGAGCCGGUCUUACACCUGUUCCCACUACAGGAUGGAGGAGCAGGGAGGUGGAAGGAACGGGGUCUCCAAGAUGUCUGUGCCAGAGGUGCUGCCAGCAGAGACUGCUGUAGAUACCCAGAGACAUAGCUCUGCAGGCAACUCCCCUGCAGCACCGGAAGAGUUUUCCACAGAUGAGGAACAACCAGAGGACAUCUCCGAACUGACCAUCAUGGGCCCUCUCACAAGAUCCCACUCGGAAAAUGCAAUCUCUGUGAAAGAAAUCAUAACUGAAAUUGAAUCCAUCAACCAGGGCGUAGGACCGUGCCAGCAGAAGAUGGAGGGCUCAGCCGACCAUGCCCAAACACCAAAGAGGAAAACAGCCCAUGAGUUGCCUGCAGAGGUGGUCUGGGCAUCUGAAAAUAACCCUGGCAAGGCUGAGCAGAGCGAAGGAGGUUGCAUGGCACAGCAGGAAACUGCAAAAGACCUUCCAAAACCAGACCAGGAAGGUGCUCCCACCUUCCAGCCACCCACCUGUGUGUCGGAUGUGGAAGAAAGCGAUCCCGCAGAAGACCAGCAGGAGCCUCGAGUGCAGGGUCUAAACCCUGGGUCAAAAUGGUGUCCGGGGUCUGUUAAACGUGCCACCUUGGAAUUCGAGGAGCGCUUGAGACAGGAGCAAGAGCACCAGCACGUUCCCCCAAUGUGCUUGCUACCUACUCGCAAGAAUUCCAAGAAUGAUUCUGCAACUGCCGAGCUUGCACCAAAGGGAAAGACCGAGGAACUGUCAUGGGAGCUGGAUCCUGCAUGUAGAGAGAACGAGAGUGACAAGAGCCCAGCAGCCGAGGGUGCAUUGCUUCAUAGCCCUGAACCACUGGCUGACAUGCACCUGUCGCCAUCACUCACCCCUCGCCCCGUGCAGCCUGCUCGGGAGUCUCUGCUGGCAGAGCCUGGUGCCAAGAAGGACGUGCGCAGGACAGUGGUGUCACUGGAUGGCUCCGGGGAGCCAGCCCUGCCCGGUCACCUCCCCAGGAGACUAGAAAUUAUCGAGUUCUCCCAUGUGGGCAUGCCACCUGAUCUCCAUGAGCAUGACAGCAGCUGUGAGCAGGGCGUGUUGGAGAACGCAGUGGUGUUACUUCCAGUAGAUGAAAACCUGAACCCUUCAGCGUGCGCUGAGAUGGCACCUGUACAUCCAGAUGCUCUGCCUUUGCUUAACCCUUCAGUACUAGAGCACGAGGAGCUCGGGCGGGCCACCUUCACCCUGGGCAGCCCCGAGGAAGAGUACGGAGCAGCACUGAUUAACCUGGAUACCUCUUCAUUCGUUGGCCAGGUGACACACUCGCCAUUAGCAGGCCUGGAUUACCUUUGUCACCAACGCGUAGUUCAUCUGGAGGGCGUUAUGGAGCACAGCACGAGCACGGACGAUGAGCCAGCGGCACCGAGCAGCCUCUCAAGGAACGGGCACGUCCUGUGCGGGGUGAGUGACGGUGCCUUCAUGGAGCUGAGCAACGAGGACUUAGAUUUCCUCAGUAACCACACUGACGCCAUGGGCAUCUCUUUCCCCCCCUGCGGCCUCCCCCACAGCUCCAGCAGCCCCAGCAUCAAAGACAUGAGUGAGACUCCCAGCUCAGUGAAGCAGCGUGCGAAGGAACUUGAGGCCCAGGUACGGCAAGCGGGGCUUACCACGCCAUCCCAGAUGAAACGCUCAGCAUCUAUAGCCAAGCUGGGCUGCCUGGAACUCUCUCAAGAUGACUUAUCCGAGAGGAAGUCAGCCUCUUCCCAUGCCAGCCUGACCCGUCCUGACUUGCUGCCCGCCUCCCCCAGGACUGGCCAAGGCAAGCGUGGGGCAUUGCCAGAGCAUGGCUUGGAAGGCCUACCUGAAAAGCCUUGUGCCUCCUCUCCCCUUAUUCGCCAGGAUCCAAAGCCCACUGAGCAUUUUGUAGAGCAGCUUAAAACAACUGAGUGCAUUGCCCAGAGCCAGCCGGUGCAGAGGCCACCAGUGCAGUAUGCCAAAGAGUUCGGCUCAGCUCCGCAGAGUUUGUGUCCCAGUGCAGAUCCUAGAUUGACUAGCUCUGAAGAGGGUCUUUCACUGCUACAGACGCAGAUACUAGACUCUUGGCUCCCGGCUCAAAGACUGGCUGUAGCACCUAGACAUCAACACGGUAGAACUCACCCUCUGAGGAGACUAAAAAAGGCGAACGACAAAAAGCGGACAAGCAAUCCAUUCUAUAAUACCAUGUGAUCCUGAGCCCUCAGCUGGGACUUCUUUUUAAACAAAACCUAUGUUGUUGUUCAUACAAGGGGCAGGUGUAAUAUGUAAGGAACAUGCACUUUAUUUGUUAAUUUUAUAUAUUUUGUCAUUUUACUGUUCCUGGCGCAUGUAGAUUUGGGUUGUAUUUUUGUGUGGGAUGCUGACUGCAAGACCAUUUGUUAUUUUUUUAAUUAUUUUUAACUCAAAUAACCUCAAAUAUUCUUUGUUUUCAAAGAACACCUUUUGUAAGUGACAAUUGCUGUUGGCAGUUGGCUCAUCUCUGUGGUGAAAUCUUGAGGGUUAGAUUAGAUUGGAACCAAGUCACAAAUAACUUGAACGAACACACACACACACACACACACACACACACACACACACACACACACACACACACACACACACACACACACACAAAUUGGUGCUAGCUGUGGCAGCUGGUGUAAAUAUGAAGGUUGUGCCAAGAUCUGUGUGUGGCUUUUUUUGAUCCACUUCAAGCUAACUGGAACUCACAACAGUGACAAAUUGCUUCUGAAACUGCCUCUGGUUGGCUUGUGCCUGUAGCCCAAAGGCAGCUGAUGGCUGGGCUGCACUUUUCAGUCUCUCGCUGUGGCUCCAACUUUGGAACGCAAAGUUGCAUGGUUUGUUUCCAGGGAGUAGCUCCAAUGUGAUUAAAAACAAACAAACAAAAACCCAAAAUGUACAAGGUGUCUUGAUCGUGACCAGUGUGGUUAGAGACUUCAAACAGCAAUCCCUCCCAGAGCCAGCCUCUUCUCUGCUUCGACCCUGGGGUUGCCAAAUUCAUUUGAAUUUCAUAAUCUAAAAGAACCCGUUUUAACAGCAGCAAUGGGGGGGGGAACUGACGUGUUCUUUUAAAACAAACAAUUCUGUAGGGUUUUAACCCUUUCAUUACUUGAAUACUGCUGGGGGCCUUCUGCAUUAAUGGCCAUAUCAUCUGUUCACCUUUGUCUCCCCCACCCAAGGCUGUUCUUUUCCUAGUGCUCCCUGAGAUAUUCUCCCCACACUCACAUUCACACUCAGCUGGCUCUCAAACCCGAAGGCUGAUUUAAUUGUUAAAUGAUGUUUCCCCUCUUUCUGCUCUCACCUUAACACUUAACCCGGAGUAAUGUUUUGUCUGAAAGUUCCCUUUUUCCCCCUAAAUUGUGUACAUACAGUAUUUAUCUAGAUACCUUUUGUUAUUUCUUACAUUGUUUUCUUGAAAGGACAUUCUGUAAACUGGAAAACAAAACCACUGGAAUCCAUCUGAGUGGUGUUCCUUGGUCUCUGCACAAAUGCUUGAGUGGGUUUCCCUUCAUAAGCUGUCUUCCCUCUCAGCAAGUGAGAGCCCAUUGCCCGCUUCUGCCAAAUGAUGAUAUCCAUCCUCCUUAAGUCUUGCAAGAGCCCCUGUUGCAGGAGAAUGUUACCUACUCUCUUCCACUGCAGGUUUGUAUUUCAGAGCCUCUUGCGAGGUUCAGCCGGUUUUGCUAGAGAGUGAGCACAGGGCAGGGCUGAGCUGACCCUUGGCGGCUGGUUUCCAGUGGGCAUAACACAUUUCACAAAUGUUCCCUCUAGCAAAUUACAACUAGUUUGCACUUCGUAGAAGAGCGACAGCACCAACUUGCCGUCCUGCAGUCCAGGGGGCUGUUGGUGGGGUAUGGCAUUCUGUUAACCGCACUGGCUACGCAUCCUGCCAGAACCGAAGUAACUAGCAAAACCACUGGGUGUUCUUAGCAGUUGCUCAUUGCAGGGGGGGCUGAGCCCUGCCCAGGUGCUGUUAUGGGAUCGAACGUGCUGUGUGCACACCAGUUUUGAGGGUGAUGUGAAACUUGCAGUGCCUGUGACUCAUGGAGAGCUGCAGCUGCUGAGAACAGAGCUCAGUUGGGUCCUGCCAGGACUCGCGCCUGGUGGCAAGGCCAGUCCUGCAGCCCCAGGGUCUGCGCAGAGUUCAUCGCAUAGCAGCAACGAUUGUCCUGUUGAAGCAGGUGGCCGAGAGGAACCCAGAACUUGUGAGGGGCUGUGGCUGAAACGCUGGCCCAUGCAGGCCAUGUGCCGUGGAGCACUGGGAAGGGGCUGUGGCUGCUCUGUGAGGACAACAGUGGGAAAUGCCCUGUUUGCACUCCACACAGCCCAGGGCCGGAUGGCAAACGUACAGAGCUGCAUUUGCCAGCCCAGGCACACAGGCUGCCAACAAACCAGCAGUUGGCUUGCAGGAAGCGUUCCCACGGGAGGAGGAAAUGGGGCAUUUGAAGAAAAUCUUGCUGCAGGGCUCGGCUUCUUCACAGAGCUGGCACCUGCCCCUUCCCCGUGUUCCGUUGGGGUGCUGGGCACCCAUGGCUCGAGUGCAGGCCCGGCUAUUCUGGCUGGGCCACAUGAAGCCGUCAGCCUGUUCAAUCCACUCACCCAUCUCUCUAGCCCUGCCCAGCCUGAGUGAGCGGUGGCUUCUCUGCCCGCUGGUGGCCUCUGGCUGGAGGAUGGGAUCUGGGAGCUUGUCUUGGUUACAGCUUGGCCUGGCCAAGACACCCCAGGUGAUCUGUCUGGGAACUAACAAAGGUCGAAGCAGAGCAGGUGCCUUCCUGGCUGAGGGGACGCCGCAUUUCCAGUCCCCUGUCACUGAGCAGCUUAACUCAUGAGCGGGGUUGUGAUAAAUGUUUAAUAAACAAUGAAGGGCAUUUCUCUACAAAGCAGCUGUUCCCCUGAUCUCUUGCAAAGCUCUUGGAGGAUAUGUUGUUUACAAUGUGCCCCUGAAUCCUGGACAAUAUCUCAGCCAUUCCGUCGGCCCCUGAGCUCCAGCCAGGCGAGCCUUACACGGAGGGUGCCCUGGUGUUCAGUCCUGGAUCGUGUGUGCACGUGUGUGAAAAGUGAACUGGUCUGUUGCACUCAUCGAUGCAUAGCUUUCUUUGAGCCACUCAAGAAAAUGUUCGUUUUUUUUUUUUUUUAAAUCCCUUCUGCUCAGUCAUGAUGGUGUGUUCCAAGCAUUCGUCCGAGUGCUGAGGUUGGCCCUGGUUCUGGUUCUCAGCAGGGUGGGAUUUAGCUCUGUGGUGUUCCUGGGACAUCUCAGGCUUCCUUCCAGACUACAGCUGAGAUCAGGAUGGGGGUUUUAAGCUGGUACACACUUGUCUAGAGCCUGAGCCCCGUCAGGCUGUGCCAGGGAAUCUGACCCUCCAAUCACGUGCCCAGGGGGCAGUAACAACGCCCCAGCCUAUAGUUUCAGGUUUCUUGCAUUGCGCAGCCUGUCUGGGAGGGGGGUGCAUAACGCUUCCCCCUAUAGUGAGUGACAUGCUCCCAAGAUUUGGGGUGACCCAGCUCAAAAGAAUGCCACAUCCCUUUCCUGAAGGAGAACCUGCAGGAGACGGGAAGGGUGUUGAGGCUUAACCUCUCUUGCAGCUGGCAGAGGGGUCCCACCACACUGGGAGGCUGGUACUGGGGUGGAGGCUAGAGCAGCCAAGUUUGCCUUCGGAUGGCAGUGAGGGGCUCAGUCCAUGCACAGCUAGAUCCUUGGUUGGCACUGAUGCAGGUGCCGGUGCCUUUUGGUUGGUUGGGUUUUUUUCCUACAAAUGAGACUUGCGUGCAUGGGUUUGUAGGAACCAUUCUUGCUCCAGAAUUCACAGCCAGGCUGGCUCCUCCGCAGGGGCCCCAGGAAGGUGCUCGGAGACAGCUGGAAACAGAGUUCUGGACUUUGGGAUGUAGGGGACAGCGCUUCGUCUUGUACCCUCCCCUGAUCUUCUGCUGCCACUGGGAUGUUCCCCCGGUCCCAGACUUGUACCCCCAUGCUUGGCUGUUUGGAAAUGUGAACUCUUGCACGGACGUGCAGAUUCAAUGUUCUUGUUACUGAAUAAAUUUUUAUUUUGAGGAUGAAA